UUGACUUUGAUCAGAUAUCUCCUCCCCUUGUGUCCUGCAGGAGUCCCAGUAAGCGCGGCCCCCCCACCUACACCGAGCACAUCUCCAAGCGCCUGGUCUCGGGCCCCGGCAGCCAUGAGGGCCUCCACCGGGAGCCCAGCACCCCCCACCGGUACCGGGAGGGAAGGACCGAGUUCAGGAGGGACAAAUCCCCUGCCCGGCCCCCCCUGGAGCGGGAGAAGUCCCCGGGCAGAGGGCUGGACGCCCGUAGGGAGAUGGACCCCCGCAGAGAGAGGUCUCCGGGGAGGUUCGGGGACAGCGGCCGGCUCCACGCUGGGUCUGUGAGGACGCAGCUGGCCCCCGCCAACAAGGUCUGGGAUCAGUCAUCGGUGUGAGUCCUGGAGCAUGAAGAGGAACUGAAGGAACCCUUGAUCCACACACAGACACACACACUGCCUGUACAUAGUGCAGCUGCUCGUGCAGCUUCCCAUAAACCUGCACUCUGAGUCCUCUUUCCUCACGCGUGCUUUCAUUGGAAAGUGGAAGAUGUGAUCUGCAGAAGAAGAGAACCCACUUCAUGAAAUGUUCCUCCAGAGAUGUAAAUAAUGCCGUCUGAGUUUUAUAGAUAAAGGGAAUAGUCGGCCGGUGAAACCAAGUCUAUUUUUUUUUAAACGAGUUUCUAAAGAUGUCGACAGGGAGAUUAAUGAUGUCGUUGGUUUAGGAAAUAUAAUCAGCGUUUAAUAAAGACUCUCAUUAGUCCUGAAGAGGGUCUGAGGAGCAGCACUUUGCACAUGUACCGACGGAUCUGAAGUGAAACUCGCUCUUUAUUCUGAGGGUCGCUCUCUAGCCUUUGGCAUUUAAACGCUUUAUGGUUCGUAACAUAUUACAAGUGCUCCUCGUGUUGUUUAGCAAACCUAACCUGCUGCUGAUUCUGUGAAGUGUAGUCGUCGUCAGGAGUCACUUUAACUCCCUCCUCAGAUCCAUCACUCCUCCUCCUCUUCCUCAGUGAGCAUGAACACAACAGCAGCUCCUCUGAUUCUCUUGGUUGUUUUCCUUUCUCUGUAUUCGGUUCAAUAAGUAGACGUUGAUGUUUGACAGUGACUUAAUAUGUUCUUGAUUUAUAGAGAUGUAAACCAGUACAUGCAUUAAACAUGAUUGAAGUGUU